GGGUUGUGUGUGGAGAUGUGAGAGAGAGAGAAUAAUUUGCUUUGACCCUUUGAGGGAAUUCGAAGGGGUUGGAAGAGGAGAGAGACUUAUGUCUGUGUGGGUGAAAGAAGGUUUGUGUGUCUGUGUGUGUAAGUGUUGGGCGUGAACAAAUAUUUCAUUCCUGUGAGAAACUUCUGCGGAUGUAUUUUGUGUAAUCUUCUGUGAAGAGAAGUGCAGUCAACAAAGAGUAGAAGAAAAAAAAUUAAGAUGGACGUCACCAAUCGGCUGUACAGGAUGCUGGUGCUCCAUGCCCUGGGCCUCAGCUCUGUGUUGGUGACUCGGGUGAUGUCCACAGACUCCAAAUCCCAACCGAACUUUGUGGUAAUCAUGGCCGACGACCUUGGCAUUGGGGACGUUGGUUGCUAUGGAAAUGACAUCUUGAGGACUCCCAACAUUGACCGCUUGGCACAGGAGGGAGUUAGGCUGACACAUCACAUCGCUGCUGCCCCCUUGUGCACUCCGAGCCGGGCAGCCUUCAUGACCGGCAGGUAUCCCGUGCGCUCUGGCAUGGAUAACAGCCACAGAGUGCGAGUUAUUCUCUUUAACGCUGGUACAGGGGGUCUCCCUCCCAACGAAACCACCUUCGCAAAACUGCUGCAACAGGAAGGAUACUCCACCGGCAUCGUAGGCAAGUGGCACCUGGGUGUCAACUGUGAAUCCCGUGAGGACUGGUGCCACCACCCGCUCAGCCAUGGCUUUGGCUAUUUUUACGGUACUCCCUUCACCAACUUCCUGGACUGCAAGCCUGGUGCGGGCAGUAAUUUACUGGUUGAUGUGGCAGCUGUGCUGAGCAGGAUCAACCAGGCGCUGGCAUUGGGACUCCUGAGCCUGGUGGCCCUGAAGCUGUUCGGCCUGGCCAGCCUGGGCUGGAGGCCCAUCGGGUGUCUGACCAUCCUCUGUCUCCUCUUCUUCAUCUCCUGGUUCUCCGUCUUCGGCUACAUAAGGCUCUGGAACUGCAUAGCCAUGAGGGACUUCAAGGUCGUCCAACAGCCAAUUCAGCUGGAGAGCUUCCCCACCCGGCUGACACAUGAGGCUCUCGCUUUCAUCAAGAGGAACCAGAAGAAGCCCUUUCUGCUGUUCGUGUCCCUGCUACACGUCCACACGCCUCUGUUUAUGACCAAGGGGUUUGUUGGGAACAGCAAGAAUGGUUUGUACGGAGACAAUGUGGAGGAGAUGGACUGGCAUGUGGGUCAGAUUGUCAACACCAUCGAUGAGCUGGGGCUGGCCAACAGGACCCUCAUCCAUUUCACCUCGGAUCACGGUGGCAGCAUUGAGGAGAUAAGAGAGAGGCUGGGAGACUGCAAUGGGAUAUACAAAGGUGGGAAGGGGAUGGCUGGCUGGGAGGGAGGUAUUCGGGUCCCGGGGUUAUUCCGGUGGCCAGGAGUCCUCACUGCAGGUCGAACGAUUGAUGAACCCACCAGCCUCAUGGACAUCUACCCAACCCUGGCCAACCUGGCUGGUGCCCAUCUGCCCCAGGACAGGGUGAUAGACGGACGGGACUUGAUGCCACUCUUGGAAGCCAAAGUCCGUCGCUCAGAGCACGAGUUCCUGUUCCAUUACUGUGGGAACGAGUUACAUGCUGUCCGCUGGCACCCCAGAGCAAGACCCCUCGGAGGUGUCCCCCUUGUCGUCCGAGUCGGAGCCCGAUUUCCAGGGAAUCCUGGCGGAGAUCGGAGCAGCCGUGGAGCAGCACCGCAGGACCCUGAGCUCGGUGCCACAACAACUGUCCUGGAGGAACAUCCUGUGGAGGCCCUGGCUGCAGCCUUGCUGUGGGACCUUCCCAUUCUGUGGAUGCCACGAGGAGUCUGGAUCAGAAGGUUAACUACCAGAAAGCUUCAUUGUUGCUCUGGACUUCAUCACCUGGUCCAAUUGGCGGCCCGCGGGCCGCAUCCGGCCCACGAGCCACUCCCCACUUCAUUAUCCACUGAGCAAUACAGGCGACACACAACCCCUCCCCCUAACCCCCCGCCCGCCUGAGCCAAUCAGGAGACGGUCAUCAGGGUCUCAGGCUCUACCCGACAACAGUACUGGGAAAUCAGGAUAAAAUAUUGCCUAUAACAAUAAUAAUAAUCCUGGAAUUUGA